AUGCAGCUAAUUACUGCAGACAGCCUAUGUCUGGACCCGUCUCCAUGGCAACAGGACGGGCCAGCAGGGAUGGCCACCACAGAAAGACACACACAGCAAAUCAAUGAGCAGGGAGGCAGAGCACCGAGGAAAGCCUGCUCAUCACCCAGACGUCCUCAGCCUCUCUGUGGUCCCCUCAGAGCUCUGGAUGACUCCAUAAGGCCUCGUCCUGCCGCAGAGCGACUGGUUGCCGUGUGUGGCUGCACGCCAUUGGCUGCCGGGCUUCUCCGGGUCCCUCCCUGGGGAGCGUGCAGCCCGCUGUGGUCAUAUGAAAGCCAGCCCACACAUUGGCUGAGGCUGAGGGUGGAUCUGGGGCUGCAGCCGCGCUCCGGCCUGGAUCUGGGACAGGAGCUGGAUCCGGGAGCCCUGCCUGCUCUGCACGUACACAUGGAGGAGGCAGGCCGGGGGGGGGGGGGGGGGGGGGGGCAGGAGCGUGCAUUCCCCCUGUGGGUCGGAGACGGCUGUUUGCUGUUGUGGGCUUACGGCUCAGAGCACAGAGAACGGAGUGAGGCAGCCCUGGCUUCAACCACUCUAGAGGAGGGGCUGUGUAAGGACAAGUGUAAGCAUGGCGCCUGCAGUGGGCGGGGCCAGUGCUGCCAUGAGCAGUGCCUGGGCGGCUGCUGGGAGCCGGGCGACGCCGGCCGCUGCGUGGCCUGCCGCCACCUGCAGCACGCCCGCAGCUGCGUGGAGCGCUGCCCCCCCGGGUUCUACGUCUUCAGCGGCUGGCGCUGCGUCAGCCUCGCCUUCUGCCAGGAUCUCCACAACCAGUGUAAGCAGACUAAGCAGCAGAACCAGGACCGGGAGGCCGCCUGCUCCGAAUACGUCAUCCACAACGGGGCCUGCAUUCAGGAGUGCCCUUCUGGAUACACCACCUUGAAUUCCACCACGCUGACGUGCACACCGUGCGCGGGCCUGUGCCCAAAGUCCUGCGUGGGAAAUAAGACCAUCGACUCCAUCACCUCAGCUCAGGCUCUGAGAGGCUGCACUGUCCUCAAAGGCAACAUGAUCAUCAAGAUCCGAGGAGGGAAUAACAUAGCAGCUGAGCUGGAGGCCAACCUGGGCCAGCUCGAGGUCAUCAGCGGGUACCUGUCCAUACGCAGGGCCUACGCGCUGGUCUCCCUCUCCUUCCUGCGCAAGCUGCGCCACAUCAACGGGGAGCACCUGGACGGAGACAUCUACGCCUUCUACGCGCUGGACAACCAGAACCUGCGCGAGCUGUGGGACUGGUCCAAGCACAACCUGACCAUCCACCGGGGGCGCACCUUCUUCCACUACAACUCCAAGCUCUGCAUGUCCGAAAUCAGGAAGAUGGAGGAGAUAACGGGAACCAGGGACCGCAACCAGAAGAACGACAUCGCUAUCCGGAACAACGGGGACCAGGCGUCCUGUGAGACGAAGCUGCUGAAGUUCACCACCAUCAAGACCUCUGCAAACAUGAUUAUUCUCAAGUGGGAGCCAUUUUGGCCGCUGGACUUCAGAGACCUGCUGGGAUUUAUGGUUCAGUACAAAGAGGCGCCCUACAGGAACGUGACAGAGUUCGACGGGCAGGACGCCUGUGGCUCCAACAGCUGGGUGAUCGCUGACGUGGACCCCCCGUCUCGCCCCACCGACGGCAAGAAGGUGGAGGACCCGGGGCACCUGAUCCGGCCGCUGAAACCCUGGACUCAGUACGCCAUCAUGGUCAAAACCCAGCUGUCCUCCUCUGACGAGCACCAGGUUCACGGAGCCAAGAGCGAGAUCAUUUACGUGCGCACCAGUGCCUCCAAGCCCACUGUGCCUCUGGACCCCAUCUCCUCCUCCAACUCCUCCUCUCAGAUCAUCCUGAAGUGGAAGCCCCCCACCAGUCCCAACGGGAACAUCACCCACUACCGGGUCAUCUGCCACAGGCAGAAAGAGGACGACGACCUCUACAAGUUUGAUUACUGUCUGCAAGGGAUGAAGCUGCCGUCCCGCACCCCGACCCACCUGGACAACGAGGACGAGCAGAAGUGGAACCACACGGACGAGCCCGUGUCCGGGGGCAAGUGCUGCGCCUGCCCCAAGACGGACAGCCAGCUGAAGAAGGAGCAGGAGGAGAUCGAGUACCGCAAGACCUUCGAGAACUACCUGCACAACGAGGUCUUUGAGAGCAGGUCUUCACGCCGCCGGCGCUCGGUGGGGGUGGCCAACGCCACCCACUCGGCCCUCUCCCUGACCACCAUCCCCAGUCUGCAGUUCGGCUCCACCACCGCCUCCCCCAAAGACCAGGACCAGGACCAGGAGGACGACGACGAGUCCAAGGUGGAGCUAAAGGUCUUUUCAAAGGAGUCAACCGUCAUCUCCAACCUCCAACAUUUCACCAGUUAUAAGAUAGAGAUUAUGGCUUGUAACCAUCCCACGGACAGCAAGCGCUGCAGCAUGGCCACAUAUGUCAGCGCCCGGACUAUGCCAGAGGAAAAAGCCGAUGACAUCCCAGGCCCUGUCACCCACGAGAUCGUCUCAGCUGAGCCUCCCUACGUGCUCAUCAAGUGGAGCGCGCCUGUGUCCCCAAACGGUCUGAUCAUCCUCUACGAGGUCUUCUACAAGAAGGUUGGAGAUACCGAGGUUCACACGGCCUGCGUGUCCCGGCCGGCCUACAUCCGGAUGGGGGGCACCAAGCUGUCCCUGCUGCAGCCUGGAAACUACAGCGUGAGGGUCCGGGCUACGUCUUUAGCAGGAAAUGGCUCCUUUACUGAGACCACUUACUUCUCCAUGCCCAACCCCGACCCGGGUCUGGUCUGGAUCGUGAGCGGGCCGGUGCUCUGCGUCAUCCUGCUGCUGUUUGUGGGAGGAGGUGUCUUUGUGAUCAUCAGGAAGAGGCAAACGGAGGGCCCACUGGGAGACCUCAUCACCUCACCAAACCCGGAGUACUUCAGUGCCAGUGACAUGUACGUCCCCGACGAGUGGGAGGUGCCCCGGGAGAAGAUCCAGCUGCUCAGGGAGCUGGGGCAGGGCUCCUUCGGCAUGGUGUACGAGGGCAUCGCCAAGGACAUCGUGAAAGGGGAGCCGGACACCCGCGUGGCCGUCAAGACGGUCAACGAGUCGGCCAGCCUGCGCGAGAGGAUCGAGUUCCUGAACGAGGCCUCAGUCAUGAAGGCCUUCAUUUGCCACCACGUGGUGCGUCUGCUGGGCGUGGUGUCCAAAGGCCAGCCCACGCUGGUGGUGAUGGAGCUGAUGACCCACGGGGAUCUGAAGAGCUACCUGCGCAGCUUGAGGCCGGACUCCGAGGACAUGCUGCAGAUGGCGGCGGAGAUAGCGGACGGCAUGGCCUACCUCAACGCCAAGAAGUUCGUGCACCGAGACCUGGCGGCCAGGAACUGCAUGGUGGCCGAGGACUUCACCGUCAAGAUCGGAGACUUCGGCAUGACCCGGGACAUCUACGAGACCGACUACUACCGGAAGGGGGGGAAGGGCCUGCUCCCCGUCCGGUGGAUGGCCCCGGAGUCCCUGAAGGACGGGGUCUUCACAGCCCACUCAGACUGCUGGUCUUUUGGGGUGGUGCUGUGGGAAAUCAGCACGCUGGCGGAGCAGCCCUACCAGGGCCUGUCCAAUGAGCAGGUGCUGAAGUUCGUCAUGGACGGAGGAUACCUGGACCGGCCGGACAACUGCCCCGAGAGGAUCUGGCAGUACAAUCCCAAGAUGCGUCCGACCUUCCGCGAGAUCAUCGACAUGCUGCGGGACGACCUGCACCCCUCCUUCCAGGAGGCGUCCUUCUUCUACAGCGAGGAGAACAAAGUCCCCGAGACGGAGGAGUUCGACCUGGACCUGGACAACAUGGAGAGCAUCCCCCUAGACCCGUCCUCCUACUCCCAGCGGGAGGAGAGCCUGGGCAGGGACAGCGGGCCCUCGGUGGCCCUGAGGGGGAACUAUGAGGAGCAUGUCCCCUACACACACAUGAACGGGGGGAAGAAGAACGGGAGGAUCCUGUCCUUGCCCAGAUCCAGCCCUUCCUAA